UUCCCCUCUUUGCUCUCCUUGCUCGCAUUCUCUCCCUGUUUGACGCUGCGACGGUCUCGAUUGUGUUUGUGCAACCGUCGGGGGACUCUCGGGCCAUCUGCCGAUAACACUAACUAACCAGCAGCAAUCAAUCUCCGUCUUCCGCUCCUCCCACUUCCUUCUUUCUUCCUCCCCGCACCCGCGCUCGUUCAGUGACACCAGUGACAAUCGCAUUGAGGAAAUGGCGCCGCCCGUUACCAUCGUGCCGUCCUUGGAGACAGCCAAGGAUGUGAUCAACAACUACAAGAACUCGAGUUAUCCUCCGAAUCUGCUUCCAAUCACGGCGUCGAUUCCGGCCGAUCUUUUAACCCCCACCCUAGCCUAUCUCAAAAUCGCGGAGAAUUCGAAAUUGUCGUUCCUCUACGAAAGUGCCGCCACUACCGAGACUAUCGGGAGAUACAGUUUUGUCGGCGCAGACCCCCAUAAAGUUCUCAAGACCGGUUCUGGCCAUGGACCCGAGUGCGAUCCCCUUCCGAUCUUGGAGAAGGAGCUGUCUGGAUUCCGCGUGGCUACGGUCCCCGGCUUGACCCUGCCUCCCCUCACGGCCGGUGCGAUCGGCUACGUUGGAUACGACUGCGUUCGAUACUUCGAGCCCAAGACGGCACUACCGCUCAAGGAUGUGCUCGGCAUUCCAGAGUCGCUCUUCAUGCUCUUCGACACGAUCAUCGCCUUCGAUCACUUCUACCAAGUCGUAAAGAUCAUCACAUACAUUCCCAUCCCCAGCGACGAUUCGAAACUCGAGGCGGAAUAUAGUCGCGGUGAAGGAGUCAUCAAGAGCGCCAUUGAGAAGCUGCUACGACCCGAAUACCCCUUGCCUCCUCAGGGCCCCAUCAUCCCGAACCAGGAGUACACGUCCAACAUUGGACAGGAGGGUUACGAGCGACAUGUGACCCAAUUGAAGGAACACAUUUCCAAGGGCGAUAUUUUCCAGACCGUGCCGUCGCAGCGGCUGUCCCGUCCCACCUCUCUCCAUCCCUUCAACCUCUUCCGCCACCUGCGCACCGUCAACCCCUCUCCUUACCUGUUCUACAUCGACUGCGAAGACUUCCAGCUGGUGGGAGCCAGUCCUGAGCUCUUGGCCAAGGAGGAGAAGGGCCGCAUUAUCACGCAUCCCAUUGCGGGGACCGUCAAGCGCGGCAAGACCGCCGAGGAAGACGAAGCGCUGGCCGAGGAGCUGCGAGGCAGUCUGAAGGAUCGCGCGGAGCACGUCAUGUUGGUGGAUCUGGCGCGCAACGACGUGAACCGGGUGUGCGACCCCAUCACGACCCAGGUCGACCGGCUGAUGGUGGUGGAGAAAUUCUCCCACGUGCAGCAUCUGGUCUCUCAGGUGUCGGGCAUCCUGCGCCCCGAGAAGACUCGGUUCGACGCCUUCCGGUCGAUCUUCCCCGCGGGGACGGUGUCCGGAGCGCCCAAGGUGCGGGCCAUGCAGCUGAUCGCCGAGCUCGAGGGCGAGAAGCGCGGAGUGUACGCGGGCGCGGUGGGCUACUUUGGAUACAACAUCUCCAGCACGGACGGGACGGCGGAGCUGCCCGGAGCGAUGGACACGUGCAUUGCGCUGCGAACGAUGAUGGUCAAGAACGGAGUGGCCUACCUUCAGGCGGGCGGUGGCAUCGUCUUCGACUCGGACCCCUACGACGAGUACGUCGAGACGCUGAACAAGCUGGGCGCCAACAUCGCCUGCAUCAAGGGGGCAGAGGCGAAAUAUCUGAGCAUGGAACAAGACAAAUAAACCGUUGGACACCAACUUUCCGUUGUUUUCUUCUUUCUCCAUCUUCUUUCAUCUUUUUUGAUUGCUAAUGUUAUUUAUUUGGACCGCGUAAUUCCUCAUGAACAUCGGGAAGGCGAAAAAUUGACGGGACACGACCUAUAGACGGGCCCAGGACGGGUGCAGACGAGAUUGCGGCUUUUCAAUUGAUACUUAUGGAUCUUAUGGAUUAGAUGACCGACC